AUGUCGUCCAGCAAAGGGGCAGGGGCUGGAGCUCGCCGGCGGCGGACGCGGUGCCGGAAGUGUAAAGCGUGCCUGCGAUCAGAGUGUGGGGAGUGCCAUUUCUGUAAGGACAUGAAGAAGUUUGGGGGUCCUGGACGCAUGAAGCAGUCCUGCCUGCAGAGGCAGUGCACAGCGCCAGUUCUACCUCACACGGCCGUGUGCCUGGUCUGUGGGGAGGCCGGGAAAGAGGACACCGUGGAGGGCGAAGAGGAGAAGUUCAACCUGUCACUCAUGGAGUGUACCAUUUGCAACGAGAUUGUGCAUCCAGGCUGCUUGAAGAUGGGAGUCGCUGAAGGGGUCAUCAACAAUGAAAUUCCAAACUGCUGGGAAUGUCCCAAAUGCAAGAGAGAAGGCAAAUCAAUGAAAGAUUCGGGGGAUGGCACAGGGAAGCGGCGUUCUGACAAUGGCGAGGAAGGGGUCCGGUGGAAGCUGACGGAUGAGCCUGCUCAGAACAAGAAGAAGUUGCCACCAGCGCCGCCUUUGCCCCCGCCACCCUCUGAGGAGAGUCCGGUCCAGACGGGUGCUCACAAGCGCAAAAAGGAGCUCCCAGCCCCGGAGACGGGACCCAAGAAGAAGUUAAAAGGUACCCGGGAAAAACAUUUGAAAAAGGGCGCUGAGCAACCGCUCGAUGGAAACAAAUUGGAUUCCAUACAGACCUGGAGCCGCAUGGGCGGCGGUGACUUCGAGGUGAAGGGGGCCAUCUCCCACCCGUCUAUUCACCUGAACCAGAUCACAGCCAGUGACUUAGAGAAACCAAAGGGACCCCCUGGGCCUUUGGAGCCCUCCGCCCAGACCGACAAGUCCCAUCAGCGGGAGAAGUUGGAGCGCUUCAAGCAGAUGUGCCAGAUGUUGGAGCGGGUGAAGAACAGCAGCAGUUCCAGUUCCAGCUCGGACUCGGAUUCUGACACGGAUUCCCGGGGCUCCGACGGUUCCAGCGGAGGGGUGUCCAGCCGAGCCAACUCCCCCACCACCCGCUCGCAGCGCUUGGCUGCCCUGGGCUUCAGCGCCAGUGAGGAGGAGGAGGACGACGAGGACGAGGAGGAGGACGAAGAGGAGGGUGGGCGACGCAACGGCGGCUCGGAGACGACACGGAACGGGAAGCAGCCGAAAGCUCUGGGGAACUCUCAGGAGAAAGAGAACAAUCAUCGCCCGUCCAGCAGGGGGAGCGAACGGGCCAAGCAGCAGGCGGGAAGCCGGAAAGCCGGCCGGCCUGCUGGACAGACAGGGCUCCGCAUGGUAGCCCGGACUCAGUUUCUUAACUGGCCUUUGGUGCCGUCCCCUCCCAAGCCUCUGCUGCAGCUGGAGAGGCACGUGAUCCGGCCUCCCCCAGACAGCCCUGAACCUGACUCCCUGCCCUUGGACAGCGGCUCUGACCACAUCAUGCAGCGGGACAUUUGGUUGGCCGUCUUCCAGUACCUCAGCUAUCGGGAGCUUUGCGUUUGCAUGAGGGUGUGCCGGACAUGGAGCCGUUGGUGCUGUGACAAGCGGCUUUGGACACACAUCGACCUGAGCCAUCGGAAGUCAAUCACUCCCUCCAUGCUGAGCGGAAUCAUCCGACGACAGCCAGCCAGUCUCGAUCUGAGCUGGACCAGCAUCUCCAAGAAGCAGCUAAUGUGGCUCCUGAAUAGGUUGCAAGGCCUUAAGGAGCUCAUCCUAACAGGCUGCUCUUGGUGCUCUGUGUCGGCCCUCAGCACAGCCAACUUCCCCUCCCUACAGCUCCUAGAUUUGCGCUGGAUUGAAGAUGUCAAGGACUCUCACCUCCGCGAACUGCUCUUGCCUGCCACAGAUGCCAAGCCUGGCCAGACAGACAGCCGGGGCCGGCUGCAGAACGUCUCUGAAUUACGGCUCUCCGGUCUGGACAUCACAGAUGCGUCUCUGCGCUUGGUAAUCCGGCACACCCCUCAGCUUGCCAAACUGGACCUGAGCCACUGCAACCAUGUAGGUGACCAGUCUGUUAACCUGCUGACCGCUGCUAAUUCUCCACUCCGAGAGACCCUCGCUGAACUCAACCUCACCGGAUGUAACCGGCUGACGGAUCAGUGUCUGCCCCUUUUCCGCCGUUGUCCACGCCUCUCCCGUAUCGACCUGCGCUCCUGUCACCACAUCACGACGGAGGCCUGUGCUCGAUUUGCCGAGGACUCGGUCUCCAACAGUGGUGCCGUGCCCCCUGCCCCCGCAUCCUCACCUCCUUUUCAUUGCCCUGAGGAGAAAUUGCUGCUGAAGGACAGCUAA